GCCGAAAAUACAAAUCACUGCUUAAGAAAUUAAUGACUUAUACUUAGGUGGUAUUACACUAUAUGAUCAGUAAUACCAAAAGAUGUCAGAUAAUUCUGGAGUUGUAUCCGAUCAAAAACCUGAAGAUUCAUUUAUUCCUUGGGGUUUUCCAAAUGAAUUAAAUCUAUGUGAAGCAACUCGUCAAGGUGAUAUUAAAGCGAUAAGUAAAUCUAUUGCCAAUGGAGUGAAUAUUAACUUUUUUGAUGGUUUUGGAAAAACAGCCUUACACUAUGCAGCUAGAAAUGGAAAUUUUGAAUCAGUGAAACUUCUUGUAGCUAAUAAAGCCAUAGUGAAUAUAUCAGAUUCAAAUGGUACAACACCAUUACAUUUAGCCGCUAAAGGAAAUCAUGUAAGAGUUGUCAAGUUUUUAUUAAUGUCUGGAGCUGACGUUAGUCGUGAAUGUUUAAGUGGUGUUAAACCAAUUGACUUGUCAAUGUAUAAUUCAGAGACAUGGAAUGUUUUACUAAACGCUGAAAUGGGUGAUCUACCUAAAGUUGACCACCUAGUACAAACGCGUACAGUACCAUUGAUUCCACAGUUUGCAAUCCAAAGAGAAAUUGAUAAACAAGCCAAAGCAAAUGAGAAGAAAAGUGCUAAGAAAGGUGGAAAGAAAAGUGGAAAAAGUAAAGGAGGCAAAAAGAGUGGAAAAGGCAAAAAGAAAAAAUAGAAUUUAGCAGUUAUUUAAAGUAAAUUAAAAUAGGAAGAUAAAUGUCAAUCUGUAUACAAUCAAAGGAUAUCCUUUAUACAAUUAUGCAUCAAGGCAUAAGUGUAUAAUGAUCUUUUUUCUUACUUAUCUCUAAUCUUAAAAUCAUACUUCCUUGAAGAAUUUUGUUGAAUACAUUUAAUUUAUUUCUGUAUUGAACUCGAUAUUUUGUAUUUACCUCUCAAAAAUUUAUCUCCUUAAUAAUUUAUUUAAACAAUUUUUUUUAUUGAACUGCUAAUGAAGAUCUGCUUCCUGUUAACAUCCAAGUUUAUUUAUACAGUAUUCAAGAAUCAUUUUUCAUCCUCUUUAGACUUCAUCAGUCAGAUACGUUAAGAAAUUAACUUUUUUUUCUUCCAAAGCAUAAUAUAUCGUGGAUCUAGUUGAUGGAUCAUGAAAAUUACUGAUGGUACUCAGAUCUUCGUAGUGAUAAUGCAUGAG